AUGACGCGCGUCGCGUUAUCGCUCGCGCUGACGAUAUCCCUGCUCGCGGCCGUCGCGGCGACGUCGACCCACGAUGUCGUCGCGGAGACGUCCCGUUAUCUUCGAACCUACGGCUUUCUGGAGAACGAGGAGAAUCAUCAGCAGUCGUCGCUACUGGACAACGCGACCGCCCUGAGCGAAGCGCUGUCGUUGUUUCAGGAAUACUACGGUCUGCCGGGAAACGGCGUUCUGACCGUGGAAAUGAUUCGCGUCAUGCGCAGGCCGCGAUGCGGCGUCGCCGACAUUCGCGCCUACAGCCCGUUGACGAGAAAGUGGCCGAGGGCGCAUCUCACGUGGAACUUCAAACUAGCGAAUAGAGAUACUCUGCGCACGACUCAGAGCGCGUUCGCUCUGUGCGACAACGGGGGCUCGUGCCCGUCGCCGUUCGCGGGACCGGGAUCGGUCGUCGCUCACGCGUUCUUUCCGACGGGAGAGCCCGAUCAGGUCACCGAGGUGCACGUCGACGAGACGGAGCCGUGGCACAUCACGCUGACCAAGCCCUCGUCGGACAGGCUGUAUCUCCUUCAGACGCUGACGCACGAGAUCGGUCACACUCUGGGUCUGACUCACAGUACGAGGGAUGACUCGGUCAUGUACGCGUACACGCCUUCGGAGGAAAGGCGAUAUCCGCUCAGGCUGAGCGUAGAGGACGUCGUAAACGUGCGAAAUCUCUACGGAUCGAGAGAGACGACGACUCCUAGGAUCGUCGACGUCACUCGACCGACGACCGCGACGACGACGACGAGAACGACGACGACGACGACGGCCUCGAAAACGACGACGGCGGCCGCGGCUCAGCCGACGACCGCGAGAACGGUCGAGCCGCCGCUCGUUCCCUCCGAUACCACGGAUCUAUGCGCCUUGAAGCGCGUAGACGGAGCGCUAAUCAUGAAUCGUCGCCUGUACGUCGCGCGUAAACGCAACGUGUGGCCCGUCGAUAUGAGGGAGAGACGCUACGGAGCGCCCUUCUCGUUCGCCGACUACUUUAAAUUCCUCCCCCGCAAUCUCACUCGCGUAUCGGCCGUGUAUCAGAGACCGUCGGGCGAUAUCGCGAUAUUCGUCGGCGACUACGUCUACCUCGCCGAUUCGAAUUUUCAUCUUAAAGCGGGAUGGCCUAGAUCCGUCGAAUACGUCGGAUUUCCCCGCGACGCUAGGAUAAACGCCGCGAUAAACACGCACGCCGGGCGCAGUUACGUCAUAUACAACGACGAUAAGAUAGCCGAGAUGAACGACUGCGCGAUGACCGUCGCGAGGCACGGCGCUCUGCGGGACACGUUUUCCGGGAUACCACCCGCGAUAACGGCCGCCUUCCGUCACGUCGACGGUAAUCUCUAUUUUCUGAAGAAACGCGACUAUUACGCGUACAGCGAGUUCCUCGACGCGAUAAUCUCGGCCGGUCCGUUCGAUCUUAGCAUACUGGGAAUAGAAUGCCCAGCCGAUGGCAUUCUGCAUCGAUUGAGCGAACUCGUCUCCAAGCUGUAUCGCCUGGAAUACGCGUCCUUCGAAAGACCGCGCAACGGCGGCGACGACGACGACGAUGACGAUGACUAA